AUGUCUUCAGAGGGCUUCUCUGUCUUAUAUAAUCAGCAGCAGCCUCCGCUGCUGCUGCUAGCAGCAGCACAGCUGCAGGGCAUCUCUUCUAAACUUCUUCAGUUCUGUGCAGUCCCAGACUUUCAGCCCUCUGGGUUCGUCCUUCUACGCAAGCAGCAGCAGCAGCAGCAGCAGCAGCAGCAGCAACAGGGAGGGGUAGAGGCUUCUGAGGUUCUUCUUCCGGAGUACGAAGCUGCAAAGCGUAUCGCCUCCAUCACAGCCCAGGGACAGACACUUCUGCCUGAUGCUGAAGGCGAAGCACUAUUAUUUGCUUUGCUGUCUCUCUUAUCGGGUGUACCUUAUUCGGGGUGUCUGUACAGCUCAGGGCCUUUAAAAGAAGCAGCAUUAAAAAAAAUGAACAGUUAUUUAUCUCUUCGAACUUUUCUUGUUUCUUCGCGUUUGUCUAUUGUAGAUAUUGGGGUGUAUGUACACCUCCGAGCAGCAGCAGAGACUGAAGCUGCUGCGAAGCAAAUUCACAACUGGAUAUCUGCAUAUCCCUCUGUGCACCGAUGGUUUACAUAUAUUAACGGGGUUAAAGAAAUACGAGGAGCAGUCGAACGGGCGCUGAAGCAAAAAGCUCUAGGACCCAGACCUACUGCUGCUGCUGCUGCUGCUGCUGCUGGAUCUGGAGCAGCAGGGAAUACAGCAGCAGCAAAUGGGAAGGCUAAGGCGCAGACACAGGCGUCUUACGAAGGAAAGUUAGAGGGCGCUGUAGAGGGCCGCGUAGUAACUCGUUUCCCACCCGAGCCUUCAGGCUAUUUGCACAUAGGGCAUGCGAAAGCAGCAUUAUUAAAUUAUUAUUUUAAACAAAAGUAUAAUGGGAGGAUGAUAUUCAGGUUUGAUGAUACAAACCCGAACAAAGAAAACAUUGAGUUUGAAGAAAGCAUCAUCGAAGACACGAAACGCCUCGGAGUGCAGUGGGAUCAACUUUGUUAUACUUCCGAUUAUAUACCCCGACUCAUUGAUGCAUGCACAUCUCUCAUUCAAAAAGUUUCGCAUCAUAGAUUAAAAGAUACCUUUAAAGUUUAUCCUACUUAUGACUUCGCCUGCCCUGUUGUAGAUGCUUGGAUGGGUGUAACGCAUGCAUUACGAACGAAUGAAUAUGCAGAUAGAAUACCGCAAUAUCAUUGGGUACAAGACAUGAUGGGUUUACCUCGAGUGCACAUCUAUGAGUUUUCGCGUCUUUGUUUUGUGCGAACGGUUUUAUCAAAACGCAAAUUAAAAUAUUUUGUUGAAGAGGGGCUGGUCGACGGCUGGGAUGACCCCAGAAUGCCCACUGUUAGAGGGGUGUUACGUCGAGGUCUGACGGUGGACGCGUUGAUGGACUUCAUCGUCCAGCAGGGGCCGUCGAAGGCCGGCAAUUUGAUGGAGUGGGACAAACUGUGGGCGUUGAACAAACAGGCCAUCGACCCCCGCGUCCCCAGAUAUAUGGCUGUCGCCUUUUCUGACUGUGUGGAGGUGGAGAUAGUGGGGAUGUCUGCUGAGAUAAAGACAAAAGAGCGGCGUUUACAUCCUAAGAACGAAAGCAUUGGUAACGCUGAUGCACUGGGGUAA